AGUUUAGGAUAAAUCUGUCAGGAAUAUGAUCAACUUUGGAUAUUUGCUUCUCUUUCUCAUCGGCCUUACUGCAUCGCACCUGAAUAAUCCACCUGUGUUUGCCAAACCGGGAGAAACUAUUAAUAUGUCGUGCUUUUACCAGAGCCAAAUGGCUAUGCACUUCUCAUGGUACAAGCAUGAACUUGGAAAGAACCCCAGGCUCAUCUCCACCAUAUACAAAAACAUACAGCUCUCAGACUCUGCAACAUACUACUGUGGAAGCGCUUAUUCCAAUGUAAUGGAAUUUGUCGAAGGGACAGAGUUGAUAGUUGAAGGGGUGAAAAGCGACACUGUUGUCAAACAACCUGCAUUAAUUCCAUCACAUCAUGGAGAUUCAGUGAGUCUUACCUGCACAGUUUUAAAUCAGAACUGUGUGGGAAACAACAGUGUGUACUGGAUCAUACAGGAAUCAGAAGAAUCUCGCUCAAGAUUCAUUGGCGCACAUGGGACAAGUAUUGGUCGGUGUGAGUGGAGCUCUGAAGCUGGUUUUAGAGCACGUCGAUGUGUCUACAGCUUUUCUAAGAAAGACCUCAAACUUUCUGAUUCUGAGACUUACAACUGCACUGUCGCUGCAUGUGGGGAGAUACUGUUUUGGAAUGGCACCAAACUGGACAUUAUAGGUGCUGAUUCAGCAGAACAGAUGAUGACUUUUGUAAUUCUUUCCAUUGUUAGAACAUUCCUUCUUUUAAUUACCAUUGCCUCAAUUACUUUUUGGUACUGCAUGAAUUCAAAAAGAAAUUCAAAAGAUGGGUGUUCUCCACCUGCCAUUACUCUCUGA